GUUCCUUUUCCUUUUCUGAGAACGAUUCGGAAAGAAAAGGAAAAAGAGAGAAAACUUGAAAGGGCUAUGCAUGAAGUUUCCUUGUUUGUUGAAUGUAGAACACCUAACUAGUGAGAGAGAAAGAGUGAGAAAGUAGAGACAAAAUAGAGUCCUAAAUAUAUAGAUAUACCUGUGUCUAUAUAUAUAUAUACGCACAUAUACAAUUGCAUAUGGUGUUUCUCUGGCGGUUCAGUUUAAUUCAUCGAUGAAAAUUCCCACAAAUUUCAAUUUGGAACCCAAGGGGAGUCGUCGAUGCAUGUCUCUGGAUUUCCUGUGGAUCUCAAUUGGUUUCUUCAAUUCAUCAUCACAGCUUUGGUCAUUGCCUUUGGAUUGCUUCACCUGGUGAAGAACACGUUGUCGAAGUACUUCGUCGUCGACGCCAAUUUUGAGUCUUCGGACCACCAAGCAUCGCUCGACAGUGAUCUGAAUAUGCCCGGCGUUAUUGGAACCGGAGACACCUGCGUGGUUUGCGGCAAUUUGGGAACAAAGAAGUGCUCUGGGUGUAAAUUGGUUCGGUACUGCUCAAAAGCUUGUCAAGUAUCCCAUUGGAGAUCUGGGCACAAGACAAAAUGCAAGGACUUCCAAUUACUUGGCAAAGUAAAUUCAAUGCAGUCUGAAUCUAUGCAACAUAGACGUAGAGGUUGUGCUGUUGCACUAGUUCCUGGCAGUGGAACCAAUAAGACUCUCAAACAGUUAAAAAAGAUUCUCUUCCCCUACAAGGAUUUUGUGGAAUUUUUUAACUGGGAGACGGCUGGUUUUCCUCCUUGUGGGCUUUUAAAUUGUGGAAACAGCUGCUUUGCCAAUGUAGUUCUACAAUGUCUUGCACAUACUCGGCCACUUGUUGCCUACUUGUUGGAGAAAGGCCAUCGGAGAGAAUGCAGACGGAAUGAUUGGUGCUUCCUAUGCGAAUUUCAAACCCAUGUUGAAAGAGCAAGCAAAAGUCAGAAUCCUUUUUCACCAAUCAACAUUCUAUCACGGUUACCUAAUAUUGGUGGUAAUCUUGGUUAUGGGGAACAGGAGGAUGCCCAUGAGUUCAUGAGGUUCGCAAUUGAUACAAUGCAAUCAGUAUGCCUUGAUGAAUUUGGUGGAGAAAAGGCCCUUCAUCCUAGCUCUCAAGAGACAACUCUUAUUCAACAUAUAUUUGGUGGUCACCUCCAAUCUCAGGUGAUUUGUACGGAAUGCAAUAAUAUUUCAAAUCAGUAUGAAAAUAUGAUGGAUUUAACUGUUGAAAUUCAAGGGGAUGCUGCAUCUUUGGAGGAAUGCUUAGACCAAUUCACUGUCAGAGAGAGGCUUCACGGAGAUAAUAUGUAUAAAUGUGAUGGAUGCAAUGAUUAUGUCAUGGCAUGGAAGCGCCUUACCAUUCGACGAGCUCCAAAUAUUCUUACAAUUGCUUUAAAAAGGUUUCAGAGUGGGAGGUUUGGGAAACUCAACAAGAGGGUGACAUUCCCUGAGACUUUGGACCUUAGACCAUACAUGAGUGAAGCAGGAGAUGGUAACGACAUAUACAAGCUAUACGCAGUAGUUGUACAUGUGGACAUGCUUAAUGCGUCAUUUUUCGGCCAUUACAUUUGCUAUGCCAAGGAUUUUUGUGGAAAUUGGUACAGGAUUGAUGACUGUAAGGUUACGAGUGUUGAAUUGGACGAGGUGCUUUCUCAGGGAGCUUAUAUGCUCUUAUAUAGCAGGUUUUGUGCCCGGCCAUCUUGUCUAAAUCCCAUUGAACCUUCAAGGGAGAAGGACCAUCAAAUAGUGAAAAUGGCCCAAGAGUUAGAACCUUGCCCAGAACACUCAGUUGAAUGCUUCUCUACAAGAGACUCAAAUUGUAGGGUUGGCAUUUCUGCUUCCUUGCCAUAUGAUGCCAGCUCACAAGAAAAUGUUUCUAGCUGUGAAGAAGAGUCAUCUUCCGUAUACGAUCUAAAAGAGGAUCUAGAUAUGGUAGAUUGUGGGUCAAGUCCAACUGUCAAAAAAGGAACUGAAUUUUAUGGCAAUCAACAUUCUGGUGCAGCCGAAGAAACUGCUUCUGUUGGCCAUGCUCAUAGAGUGGUCUCUGGAGUUGUUUCUUCCUUAACUGAGACGCAUACACCUGAAGCUUAUUUUCGGAGUCGGGAGUCGCCUUCCCCUGAUUCUGGUUUGGAGGAUGAAUUUGGAGCUGAGAACAGUAGAGGCAAUGAGUUUGUAUCAAUGAAUUCUUCAACUCAGGGCUCUCUGCCCCCUCAGAAUGGUGUAUGUGAGAAGGGUGAAGCAUCUCAUGAUGCGUCUGUUGCUGGUUUAAGCUCACGUGAAAUCAUCCUUGAUAAAACGAACCUUGUCAAUUCCAAAGGUAAGCAGGAAAAGGUUGUGUCUGGAAAGGGUUUGUCAUCAUCUGGUACCAUUGAAGAUGUAGUAGGGAAAGGUACAAAACUAAAGCCUCUGUUUUCUCCUGGUUUUCUUGGGAAGCGACCCCGCUGCAAUUUUACAAAGAAAGAUGCAAAAGUUCCUUUAAAAAUUGGUGAAUUGGCAUCUGCUUGCAACCUCAGCAGUGGCAAUAAUGCAUCUGGUGAACCUGGCUUCCCUCAUCAAAAUGGUGGCAAGAUGAAAGAUGUGGAAAAACCUCUCUCUAACUUGAAUAGUUCGUCGUCUCCUAGUUCUUUUGAGGAACAAGAUGGGAAGUUACUGAAUGAGGAUGAGAUUGUUCAUGGUAAAUCCAGUGAAUCUUUUGACAUUGGCAAUGGAGAUUCCUGUGCUCCCGAUUUUUCAGACAAGAGCAUGAGUAAUACUGUUGAGGAUGACCAUGCAUUGGUGGGGAACUCUGACUGAUGAUGGGAAUUUCAUGAAUUGAGUGGAACUGUUCCUUCCGGUAAGAUAAGAUCAAAUUCUUUAAGACUGGUGGAUGGGAGACCUGUAAUCUUGAAGAGGAUUGUUUCCUUACAACUCAAAUUUUGCAGGCAGUACCUAAUGUAUUUUGAAUGACAUUGGAGUAGCAUCUUUGAAAGAUGAGAAUUCUCGACAAGAGACGCCAUCAAUAUCAGUUUAACUGUUGGUGAUCAGUCCCUACAUUUAUCGAAUUGCUGUUAAUAUGGAUAUGGAAGUUCUUUGCAGGAGUACAGAUUAAUUUCACACACGUGUCGUUAUGAUCUGGAGAUUCAAAUGGAAGACAUAGAUAUUUUAUAAUUACACUUAAGGUGAAUCCUUUUAAUUCUGCAAAUUUUUAUAUUCUUGAAUUUUCCCAUCUCGACAAGGAAAUAGUCUAGUUGGGAACUUUAUCCUGGGUUUCAAUAUUUGUAGAAAUCUUGGAUGUUCUUGUCCCUUUUUUUUUAGGCGAACUUCUAACUAAAAUGUGACAAAUGCAAGGAUACAAUUUGGUAUUGUGUGGGAGUUCUCUUUUCGUCAUA